AUGAAGUACACUGCCGUUCUUGCUGUCCUCGCUGGCUUCGCCGCCGCCCAGAGCAUCAACGAUGUUCCCGAGUGCGCCCGCUCCUGCAUCAGCACCGCCGCUACGGCUGCCGGCUGCGGCGCCACCGAUCUGGCCUGCAUGUGCAGCAACCGUGACAAGAUCGUCUCGGGCCCUGCCGCCACCUGCGCCAUCAGCUCCUGCGGGUCGCAGAUUGGCGAGGUCCUCACCUCCCUGCAGACCCUCUGCGCUGCCGUCGGCACCGGUGGCGGUGCCAGCAGCGGCACUCCUGCCCCCGCCACCUCGUCGACUCCCCCCGCGUCGUCGGCGCCCCCGGCAUCGUCGGCUGCUCCUGCUCCCUCCUCGUCGGCCCAGGCUCCCGCCCCGGUCUCCUCGUCGACCAGGGCCGUGACCUCCGCCGCCCCCACCGCUACCAGUCCGGGCACAGCCUCGUCCGGCGUUGCCAAGCCAACCUCGGCCAGCGGCAGCGCUACUGCUCCCCCGACUUCGCCUACCGCCGGCGCUGCCACCCUCGGCAUGAGCGGCUUUGCCGUCCUCGCCCUCGGUGCCCUUGCUCUGUAG